CAGGAGUGGGUAGAGGGGUGGUUGGGUGGCAGGGGGUUGGGUACACCGCCUCUCACAGCUACCACUACAAGUUCUCAGUCUAUCCCCUGCUACUUGUAAACCGCCCUACCACAUGAACUUUCCUUGUGAUUUCCAUGCGCUGCACGUUCAUUCCUGAGAUAAAUUCAAAUCAUCUCCAUCACAGCAGCAGAGAAGGAGAGAAAGCGAGAGAGAGACAGAACUGUUGAGUGUCAAGUUGAGGAUCUGCAGAUUGUGAUGGCACCCAAAAGAGUUGGCAUCGUAGGUUACGGUCAUCUAGGUAAAUUCCUAACCAAAGCAGUCCAGGAAAGACCAGACCUCGAGCUAGCCUUCGUGUGGAACAGGACGUCCUCGGUAUUAGACGGCGAAGUGGAGAGCAGGUGGCAUCCCUCACUCACCACGUACGUCCCCUUCAUACCCCAGAACACCUUUCAGCCCUUACCAAAUUCUACCACACCCACAGAGCAUAUCCACAAACGAAUACCCCACAAUUAUGGACCAAUGUUUCUAAAUACUGCAGACUAUUUAGUCGGGUCGCCCACAGCUCUAGCUUCACAACCUGUUGAAGAUGCACUACGAACUGCAGCAACUUCCCACGGGCUCUAUGUUCCGGCUGGCGCUUUCUGGGGUGCUGAAGAUAUACUCAAGAUGGCUGAUAGAGGGACACUGAAGGGACUAAAAGUUACCAUGAAGAAGCAUCCAAGUUGCUUUAAGUUUGAAGGGGAACUCAAAGCAAAAAAUGAGCAAAUUUGUGGCACUGACGCGGUGACUCUCUAUGAUGGACCUGUGCGAGGCCUUUGCCCCCUUGCGCCCAACAAUGUUAACACCAUGGCCGCUGCAGCAAUGGCAGGACAUAAUCUGGGCUUUGACGUUGUACAAGGUUGUCUGGUAUCUGAUCCAAAGCUCACAGACUGGCACAUAGUAGAGGUUGACGUUACAGGACCACAAAUAGCAGGGAGAAAUUUCACCGUGAAGACCACCCGUAAUAACCCAGCUGACCCCGGGGCAGUUACUGGCAGCGCUACUUACGGCUCCUUCCUCUCUUCUGUAGUGCGGGCUGGCGGCAAAGGGCCUGGGGUUCAUCUCUGUUGAUUUGGAAAAAGUUAUGGCCGGGCUCUUGCCAAACUUCCUUUUUUUUUUUGUUUGUUUGUGAUUGUUAUGGUGUUUGAAUUCUGGCAAUUAAACAUUGUCUCUGUUUUUAUUAUAUUUUUUUCUUUGUUUGUUUGAUAUUAUUACGACUUUUCUUUCAGUAUAAUGCAUCAUGACUAUUGGUAUAUCUAUUGUUGUUUAUAUAGUUUGAUAACUUUAAAAAUAAAUUGGUAAAAAGUAAAAUAUGAUUUCUUACAUUACUUUUAUCUGAAA